GCGCUUCAAGGUAAACAAUCAAAUACUGUUAAUGAAGUGCGUUCAAAACCAGAUGAACAUUCCUUUCAGGCUCAAAAGGCAACCAAGCUUUUAGAGAAGACGCAAUUUAUGAAGUUUAAACUCGUACACCAUACAAGCAUAAAUAUCUGAGAUUGGAGCACCCAUUUCUGCGGAUCAAUUUUCACAAUAUCAUAGCACUUCCUUUUCAAUUUUUAAUAUGUUACGUCACAGCCCACUUUACCCAAUGAAAAUCAAAGAAAUUCUGUUCACAGAGAAAAACACAACAAAAGUGAUCCAAAGAUGAUUUCAUUUGGUUCAAAGAGCUUGCCACUUGCGAUUGUGCAAAAAGCUCGACAUUCAAAACUAUCAGUUUUAGCAGCAGAAUUGUGUGGCUUAGUAUUUACGCCACGUAAAUUGGCUUUAUGUUCUCUUAAAGGAAAAAAAACAAAUGCCCAUAAAAAUGUUUUUCAAAAGCAGGCAAUUGAUGAAGAGAAAGUGAAAGGGAUAAUCGAAUACAUUGCCAAGUAUUUUUCCAAGUUCUGUGAUGACGUUAAAGACGAAGUAUACAAAGCCAUUGGAAAUAAGCUCAACAACUUGUCCAAAACUUCCGAAGGAAAGAGAAUAAUAAACGAGCAUCUCGCUGAAAAAUCAGGGCAGCAAGAAUUAGCAACACAGCAGCAAGUUGAAAACAAUCAACAACCCUGUAACGUAGUUGCAACAGAGCAACAGAAACAAACAGAUCUGCAGGUUGAGCAAGCGGAUCCAACUAAUCAAGAACCAGAUACAGUAAAACCUCGUUUAUCCGAGGUAAUGUGGGGAAGGGGUACCUCGGAUAAGCGAAAACUCGGUUAA